CGAGUGACAUAGAUAUAUUAAUAGGCGCCGAUGUCUUUUGGGACUUGCUUAAACAAGACAAGAUUAAACUUCAAGCCGGUCCGUACCUACAAGACACUAUGGUAGGGUGGAUUAUAUCCGGCCCGGUUUAUAAUAAUCGUUUUUUUGAGAAUAGCAUGAAUGCAGUUCAAUGUAAUUUGUCACUUUCUUUCGAUGUACGUCAUUUUUGGGAAAUCGAAGAAGUCGAUAUUCCUCCGGUAACUACCGAGGAAGAUAGGUAUUGUGAACAGUUAUUUUCUCAGACUACUGUGCGCGAUCAGCACGGUAGGUUUUGUGUGAAAAUGCCGCUCAAACAAUCACCGGAUUGUUUAGGUGAUUCGUAUAAAAUGGCUAAACAGCGUUUUUUGUAUUUAGAGAAAAAGCUAGAUCGCUCACCACAAUAUAAAAGAAUGUACUGUGAAUUUAUGCAAGAAUACGAGCAGUUAGGUCACAUGACGCGCGUAGAAGAAGGUAAUUUACCUAAACCUUAUUAUAUUAUACCGCACCACGGGGUGUAUCGCGAAAGCAGCGUAACAACAAAGUUGCGCGUCGUUUUCGAUGCGAGCGCGACCACUUCUAAUAUUAUUUCGUUGAACGAAAUACAAUGCGUCGGCCCAAGGUUACAAAAUGAUAUUUUUUCGAUAUUACUUCGUUUUCGGCAAUAUCGAUAUGUUGCUAGUGCAGAUAUUGAAAAGUUUUUUAGACAGACCUUUAUUUUUCCUGAACAAUGUAAUUUACAGUUAAUAUUUUGGCGAACCGAUAAAAACCUACCACUUCAAAUAUAUCGUCUUAACACAGUGACGUAUGGCACCGCGUCGGCACCAUACCUGAGUAAUCGCUGUUUAAAGCAGUUAGCGAAGGAGUGCACUGAUGACGUCAUCGCCAGCGUUAUCAAUGAUGAUUUUUAUGUCGAUGAUCUUUUAGUAGGCAAUGAUAAGCGCGAUAGGUUAUUAGAUAUUUGCAGUAAAACGGCCGCCGUACUACAAAGUGGUUGUUUUCCCUUAAGGAAAUGGACUUUUAAUUUUGAUGUUACUUCAGAAAGUACUAAGGAUUUAUGUAUUGGAGAACAUUGUCAGUCUAAAACCCUAGGUAUUGGUUGGUCUAAUAAGAAUGAUUUAUUUUAUUUUUUAACUAGUAUAGAUAAUAAUAUUGAUAAGAAAAUCACUAAACGUUUAAUUAUGUCAGUGAUUGCACAGAUUUAUGACCCACUAGGAUUAUUGGCACCAGCUAUUACUACGGCUAAGAUUUUGUUACAAAAAUUAUGGCUUGCUAAAAUAAGUUGGGACGAUGAAGUUCCCAGUGAAAUUGCAUAUACUUGGGGUAAUUUUAUUAAUUCUUUACAAUACUUAUCUGACAUUUUUGUACCGCGUUAUGUCAUGUGUCCAAAUGCUGUAUACAAGGAAUUGCAUAUAUUUUCUGAUGCAAGUCAGACUGCAUAUGGUGCAGUAGCUUAUAUACGUUCUUACAAUAAUAUUGAUGAGUCACAAGUUACUAGCCGAUUAUUAUGUGCCAAAAGUAAAGUUGCACCAAUUAAGGCGUUGAGUAUUCCACGCCUCGAGCUUUGUGGAGCUUUAGUUGCAGCUAAACUAUAUAAUAAAAUUAAAAAUUCUCUUAGAUUACAAUUUGAUAAAGUUUAUUUCUGGACUGACUCAACUAUAGUUCAAGCCUGGGUUCGGACAUCACCACAUUUACUUAAAACAUUUGUUCAAAAUAGGGUUGUACAAAUAAAUGAUUUAACUAGCAACACUACUUGGUUACAUGUUAAGGGAAAGGAAAAUCCUGCUGAUAUCUUAUCACGUGGUGUUACCUUUGAGUCAAUGAAGGGUGACAAUUCUAGUUUGUGGUGGUGUGGUCCUACGUUUCUGUGUGAACCAACUUCAUGUUGGUUGCCAAAGCACACUAAUAAUGAAAUUAAUUUAGUUAACUUACCGGAAUUAAAAUGUUCAAAAACUACAACAUUGCUUAACGUAGAACCUAAUAAUAUUGUAAUAGAUUUUGAAAGGUUUUCCUGUUUUAAUCGUUUGCAAAGGACAGCCGCGUUUAUGUUACGGUUUAUUCAUAAUUUACGUGCAUCGCGUGCAGGUUAAUGUCGUAAAACCGGUUCAUUGAACUAUAGUGAGAUUAGUGAUGCGUUAGUUGUGUUGACACGUUUAGUUCAAUCACAAUCGUUUAGUUAUGAGUGUAAAACUCUAAGGGAAAAUUCACAAUUUGAUAAGAAGUCUAGUAAUAGAACUAGUUUAGGUAUAUUUUUGGAUAAGGAUGAUAUUAUUCGUGUUGGUGGGAGACUUAGUAAUUCUACAUUUGAUUAUGAUAAGAAGCAUCCAGUGUUAUUGUGUCAUAAACAUCGUUUUACCUGGUUAUUGUGUUCAUACGAACACAAACGUUUACUUCAUGCUGGGCCUCAACUUCUAGUGGCAACCAUGCGUGAUAGAUGGUGGGUGCUGGGAGCACGUAAUUUAGCUAGGCAAGUAGUUCACAAGUGUGUUACCUGCACUCGCAUGAAAGGAAAUACGUUAACACCAUAUAUGGGCGACCUUCCUGCUGAACGCGUAGAAUCUGGAUUUCCAUUCAUGCGAUGCGGAGUUGAUUAUGCUGGACCAAUAUCGAUACUGAACCGGAAAGGCAGAGGUUCACAACUAAUUAAAGGAUAUAUUUGUUUGUUCGUUUGUUUUGCUACUAGAGCUGUACAUUUGGAAUUAGUUGGUUCAUUGUCAACUCAAGAUUAUUUACUGGCAUUCAAACGAUUUAUUUCUCGACGCGGUAAACCGUGUCAAGUUUUUUCUGAUAACGGUAAGAAUUUCGUUGGAGCAGAGAAGGAACUUUCGGCUGUAUUUCAAAAUUCCAACGAUAUUGUUGAUUUCGCUUCCAGCAAUCAUAUAAAAUUUUGUUUCAUCCCCCCAUACGCUCCUCAUUUUGGUGGUUUAUGGGAGGCAGGGGUGAAGUCGUGCAAGUACCACCUGAGACGUGUUGUAGGUAAUGCCAGGUUAACAUACGAGGAGUUUAGUACGGUAUUGACUCAGGUCGAGGCCGUCCUGAACUCCCGUCCUAUAUCACCCAUUUCCACAGACCCUGAUGACUACUUACCACUAACACCUGCCCAUUUCCUACUCGGCCGGCCGUUGUCUGCGCCUGCCAGCGAGGACGUCGUGGCCACUUCAACGCCUGCCUGCCGGUACCGACGUUUGGAACAACUAAGACAACACUUCUGGGAAAGGUGGUCCAAGGAGUAUAUAUCGGAGCUACAGCGCAGAACGAAGUGGGCGAAUAAGUCCCACAAUAUGGACAUCAAAAUGGGCAGUCUUGUUGUCAUCAAGGAAAAUAACCUGCCACCAUUUAAGUGGAAAAUGGGUAGGGUUAUUAAUCUGUUCCCAGGGAAGGAUGGAGUUUCGAGAGUCGCAGACAUCCGAACCGCGACCGGCACAAUCAGGCGUGCCUCAUCGACAAUCUGCCCAUUACCUGUCUCCACAAUGGAAGCCAGCGUGACUCCUCUUCAGUUGGAAGACGGAUCUUCCAAGGCGGCCGGUAUGUUGGCUACCAACAACGCCAUCUAUUGAACGACGGCGGAACUGCGCGAGCUAGCUCUUCGCUCAAUAACAACGGGCGCCAUCUAGCGCCACGAAAUGGAGACGCUCGCCUCACGCCGUGCGCCGCCGCGACCGGGCGACGAAGCCGCCCGCCGCGUGUGUCCCCCCCGCCUCGCCAGUGCUCGUUCGACCGUACAAGCGACGUUGUGCAUACUGCAUUUUCUCUUUUAUUGUAAUUUUGAGUUUAAGUUUGCAAAUAUAUUUUGUCAUUCUAC